CACGAGAUGAGAAUAUGGCCACUUUCCGUGGUUCCGAAUACCUUUGCUAUGAUCUGUCGCAAAAUCCCAUCCAGAGCAGCAGCGAUGAGAUCACUCUCUCCUUCAAGACGUGGCAACGCAACGGGCUCAUCCUACACACCGGCAAGUCAGCUGAUUACGUCAACCUGGCCCUGAAAGACGGUGCGGUCUCGUUGGUCAUUAACCUGGGGUCUGGGGCCUUCGAGGCCAUUGUGGAGCCCGUCAAUGGCAAGUUCAAUGACAACGCGUGGCACGACGUUAAGGUGACACGCAACCUGCGGCAGGUGACAAUCUCUGUGGAUGGAAUCCUUACCACCACGGGCUACACACAAGAGGACUACACCAUGCUGGGCUCGGAUGACUUCUUUUACGUGGGAGGGAGCCCCAGUACUGCUGAUUUACCUGGCUCUCCAGUAAGCAACAACUUCAUGGGCUGCCUCAAAGAGGCUGCCCCUGAAGUGGGAGAAGGAGUAGACUGCGCACAACCUACUACACACAUAGGUUCAUUAAGAACCUACUCUGUUCAGAUGCGGAAACAGGACUGCAUGCCAUGCUUCGAGGUAGUGUUUGUGGAGAGCACUGGGCUUGUUGCACACACAAAGUACGUGCAGAAGUCUUGGGCAGUGCGGGUGGCUGCAGAGUACACGUGCCUGGAGUACCUCUCACGCUUCUUGCCUUCCCUGGACACGGCUGUAGCUGCUGCUUGUCUCUGCUGUCUGCCUGAGCUGCCCCUCGUUGGCUGGCAAGAGGGGGAGGCUGCAAUAGACGGCCCUGCUGAGUCACAGGAAGGACGUGUUGUUUAUAAGAAUAAUGACAUUCGUCUGGAGCUGUCUCGCUUGGCACGGAUUGGUGAUACUAAGAUGAAGAUCUACGGGGAAGUUAAAUUCGUAUGUGAGAACGUGGCUACACUGGAUCCCAUCAGCUUUGAGACACCUGAGGCCUAUAUUAGUCUGCCUAAAUGGAAUACCAAAAGGAUGGGCUCCAUCUCAUUUGAUUUCCGAACCACUGAACCUAAUGGACUGAUCCUUUUCACCCAUGGCAAACCUCAAGAGAGGAAAGAUGUCAGGAGCCAGAAAAAUACAAAGGUAGAUUUCUUUGCAGUUGAGCUUCUAGAUGGAAACCUCUACUUGCUGCUGGACAUGGGCUCUGGGACCAUUAAAGUCAAGGCCACCCAGAAGAAGGCCAAUGAUGGAGAGUGGUAUCACGUGGAUAUUCAACGAGACGGAAGAUCAGGUACUAUAUCGGUGAACAGCAGACGCACCCCAUUCACCGCUAGUGGGGAGAGCGAGAUUCUAGAUCUGGAAGGGGACAUGUACCUCGGUGGCCUGCCCGAGAACCGGGCAGGACUCAUCCUGCCCACAGAGCUCUGGACAGCAAUGCUGAACUAUGGCUACGUCGGCUGCAUCCGAGACUUGUUCAUUGAUGGACGAAGCAAGAACAUUCGGCAGCUGGCAGAGGCGCAGAAUGCGGCAGGAGUCAAGUCUUCCUGCUCCCGCCUCAGCACCAAGCAGUGCGACAGCUACCCGUGCAAGAACAACGCCGUCUGCAAGGAUGGCUGGAACCGCUUCAUUUGUGACUGCACUGGCACUGGCUAUUGGGGCAGAACAUGUGAGCGAGGUAAGCUACGUUUUCUGACCUCAGUUACACAGAGCUGAAGGUGUGUGGGAACAAAAUCCAAUGUUU